AUGAGGCUCUAUGAAGUGAGUGUCUGUCUGUUGCUGCUGCCGCUUUGCCUGCUUAUUGCUGCCUGUUGGGGCGGCAAGACCACCACCAUCGUGCGUCAUACGGAGACAACAGAUCCGCAGGCGGAUGGCUUUUGGGCCAACAAAACCACCUGGAGCUCGCGUUGGGUCAAAUACUGGCGCCCCAAGGCUAUAUAUGUGCCGGUGUGGAAGAAAGUUUGGACGCCGACCAUACACAACGAAUGGGUGCCGCUGCCGAAUGCACCCAACUCCUGGCAGAAAGAUGAGCACGGCUACAAGCACAAGAAUCUGAUCUGA